AUGUCGUCCGCAAACCCCCCCUUCACAACAGCCCUCCUCGCAGGCGCCCUCGCCGGCACGACCGUCGACCUCUCCCUCUUCCCCCUCGACACCCUCAAGACCCGCCUGCAGUCCUCCGCCGGCUUCUUCCCCUCGGGCGGCUUCACCGGCAUCUACCGCGGCAUCGGCUCCGCCCUCGUCGGCUCCGCCCCGGGUGCCGCCUUCUUCUUCUGCACCUACGAGGGCUCCAAGGGCGUCAUCCAGCGCAAGCUCGCCUCCGCGGGCGACAAGAAGUGGACCGACCCCGUCUCGCACAUGCUCGCCGCGUCCCUCGGCGAGGUCGCCGCCUGCGCCAUCCGCGUGCCCACCGAGGUGGUCAAGCAGCGCGCGCAGGCGGGCCAGCACGGCGGUAGCAGCGCCGCUGCGCUACGGGGGAUCCUGAGUUUGUACUCGACGAGCGCGGGGCUUGGCGGCGUGUGGCGCGAGCUGUACCGCGGCUGGGGCAUCACCGUCCUGAGAGAGGUGCCCUUCACUAUCAUCCAGUUCCCGCUGUGGGAGCGGCUGAAACGCUGGGGCCGCGAGAGGAAGCAGAACAAGAACUGGAAGCUCGACGGGAAGCAGACCGAAUACGAGGUCUCUGCGGUCGAGAGCGCGCUGUACGGCAGUGUCGCCGGUGCGGCCGCGGCGGGAAUUACGACGCCGCUGGAUGUACUCAAGACGAGGGUCAUGCUGAGCAAGGAGAAGGAAAAGGUCGGAGACGUUUUGAGGGGUAUUUAUCGACAGCACGGCAUCCGCCCCUUCUUUGCGGGAAUAGGACCGAGAGUCAUGUGGAUCAGCAUCGGAGGUGCCAUCUUCUUGGGAAGCUACCAGUUCGCGGCGAAUACGCUUACUGGAGCGGUGCUGUGA